AAGAGUAUUUAGGGCAUUUUUAGUGGAGACGGGAGGGCAGGAGACGGGAUCUUUGUCAAAUCGAACAAGGAAUCAUACUGUUGAAGCAAGAUGGCAGCAGGAUGGAGUUCGCUCCACGCCACAUCGCCGGCUGCUGCUUCCUAUAAAUUCCCCGCCUUUUCCGUCUCCACUCCACUCAUCAACCCCAUUCCAUCUCUCCUUCUGGAAACUGUACCGCGCGCCUCCCUCACUGGUCGCUGCUCGAUCAACUUAGCUAGAGUACUUCUGUAAUGGAGAUGCGAGCAGGGGAGGCGCCGAGGCAGCUGCUGCCGCCGGGGUUCCGGUUCCACCCCACCGACGUGGAGGUGGUGCUGCAGUACCUCCGCCGCAAGGCCCUCUCGCGGCCGCUCCCCGCCGCCGUCAUCCCCGUCGUCGACGCUGCGGCCUUGCCCGACCCAUGGGACCUCCCUGGCGCGAGCGAAGGGGAGGCGGCGUACUUCUUCAGCCUGCGGCAGGCGCCGACGGGCGCCGGCGGCGGACGGCGGAGGAGAGCGGCCAGUGGGUACUGGAAGGCCACGGGGAAGGAGAAGCCGGUGCUCGUGCAGCUGAAAGGCCCGUCCGGGUCCGGCAGUGGCAAGCAGGUGCUCGUCGGCGUUAAGACGGCGCUCGCCUUCCACCGUGGAAAGGCGCGGUCCUCACGGACAGAGUGGGUCAUGCACGAGUACCGCCUCGCCGGCGUGGCCGCGGACCAGAAGCAGAGUGGCAAUGGCUCCCAGGGUUGCGAAUGGGUCGUGUGCCGGGUCUCUCUCAAGAGCAGAGCAAGGAGGCCAGCAUCAGCCGGGGAUGCUGAGACGACCGCUGCCGUGCACCUGCAAGAUGAUGCUCGCGAUCACCACCAGCAGUCGUCGCCGUCGUCGAGCUGCGUCACGGACACCUGUCAUGCUUCAGAUCACCAAGACGAAGUCAGCAGCCGCACUAGCCAGUAG